AUGCACCCGCUGCGUCUGAGCCUGCUGCUGCUGCCGGCAGUGACGACUCUCGCCUUCGGGCGGCUGCCAGAGUCGCUGCUGAAGAUGCUGGAGAUGCUCAGUCGGGAGCCGAGGUCAGUCGGAGGUUUGGCUCAGUUUGUGGUCAACGAUAGUCACACCGCCUUGAGGUCGCCGGUCGAUGUUAGCGAAAAGAGAGCUGGUAUACCGCCACAGCCGCUACCAUUCUGGGCAAAACGCUCAAAAGAAACGGCUGAUGACAAUUCAGGCUUUCCAUCGCCACCAUUCUGGGCCAAACGUGGCGAUGACGAAGCCCAAGACACCGUCAAGAAGUCGCUGACUGGUUCGCAGAAGCGAUCCGAAUCCAUAGAACAGUCGCCUCCGCGAGGUCGGCCGCCCAUGUGGGCCAAACGAUCUUUUCAUUCGUCCAUGUCUUCAAAGCCUCCCGUCAAGCGCGACGCAUCAAUUCUGUCCAUCACAAACGACGUCACCUCCAUCGUCGAUGACGUCACUGACGACGAGUUCGGCGUACCGCUGACUCCCGACGAUUUCCAGGCUGCCGUCCGUCUGGAGGCGGACGCUCUUCUCUCCGCGCCCGACGCUGGCGACCCCACUCAGUUGGCCGGUCUGUACGAGGGAGACAUCGCUGGAGUCAGCGAGGAAGGCAAAGACCUGGAAUCCGCAGGGGGCGACAGCGGUGGGAGGGUCCGGAACGCCGUGCGCAAUCGGCACCAGCUGUGGCCAGGAGGUGAGAUCCCCUACACGAUCGCCUCCACGUUCAGCGACCAGGAGCGCGCAGUGAUCGCCGCUGCCGCGCAGCAGCUAUCUCAGCGCUCCUGUCUGAGGCUGGUGCCACGCUCCGGCCAACGCGACUACGUUCACAUCAAGAAGGGUCGCGGCUGCUCGAGCGACGUGGGACGGUUCGGCGGUCGCCAGGAGCUCUCGCUCGGUAAUGGGUGCGUAUACCGCGGUGUGGUAGCGCACGAGUUGCUCCACGCGGCAGGAUUCUGGCACGAGCAGAGUCGAGCCGACCGCGACAACCACGUCAUUAUCCACCGGGAGAACAUCCGCGCCGGCAUGGCCUACAACUUUGACAAGAAGCCCUGGAGUCAGACGCUGGACCUGGGCGAGCCGUAUGACGUGGGCUCGGUCCUGCACUACGGACCGACGGCGUUCGCAGCGGACCCCAGCCGACCGACCAUCACUGCGCUGGUACCAACCUCCCGAAUGGGUCAGCGAGACGGUCCAUCUGACCUAGACAUCGCCAAGCUGAACCGACUGUACGGCUGUGACGAGGUACCGACGGAGGCACCGGUGACGGGCGCUCCCGAGUGCCGGGAUAUGGACGGAUCGUGUCAGUUCUGGGCGGAGACUGGGGAGUGUCAGAAGAAUCCUAACUGGAUGGGCAUCAACUGCGCCCUCUCCUGCGGCACGUGCGGAGACUGCGAGGACCGGAGCGGCUCGUGCGCCGGCUGGGCAGCCGACAACCAGUGCACCACCAACUGGUCCUACAUGAGCGUGUUCUGCCGGCGCGCCUGUGGCCUCUGCGGCGACGGAGCGGUGGCCGGCUGCGGAGACACCGCCAGCCAGUGCUCUGAGUGGGCUAAGGCAGGGGAGUGCGCCGCCAACCCCGACUACAUGGCAGUCCACUGCAGAAAGGCCUGCGGGGUCUGCUGAGGGCGUCAUUUUUUUACUUUUUGUAUUAGUAAGUCGUUGUCUAUUGAUCUACGUGGUAUUUUUUGGUACAGUGAUAUUCACUUGAAUAGGUGAAUGAUGUUUUAUCAUAUUGGCAAGGUGUCGACAUUCUUCCCCCACCGCGCCGUUCAUAUCUCUUGUUUAUCGGUAUCAUCGCGUCGUCAUUUUGUUGACGAUAUGUACUUUGUUGUUUUGUUAUUGUGGUUAUUCGGCCAUGGCGAGUUUUGUGCUAGAUUGUAAAAAUAAAGGCGCGUGCCCUCGCAUGAUUCUAGCAUCAGUAUUUUGCAGGCAAGUGCACCGUUUAUAGAGAACAGGGCCUCAUCUGCACACUCGAAUAUCUCACGACCCGCGUUAUAUAAUUAUAUAAUUAUGCGCCUCUGCGGGGGGCGGGGGCUCACUGUGGUGCUUCUCUGUGUCAACAUUGUGUGGGAACGCGACGGGCUGUUGCGCCGCGCCCCCCUCACGCCCAGAUUGUGACCCACUCCGCCCCAGUACAGGUAACCUCGCAGAACAGUCGGAGGCGCACUAUCUGUAACGCCACACCUACUGUUCGUGGCAUCGGAACAGGAUAUCAUCCUUAUAAACGUCAAUAGAAAUUGGAUAGACAGUAGCGAUACAAACCCAGAAUGAGCCAACCAAAGUACUGAAAGAUUCGAACAGGCUUUAAGCUUUGAUCAUAGACAUUGCAAAAAAUAAAGCAAAAGUCGUUCUCCAAAACAGUGAAUUAUAAUGUAUUUGCGUGAUAUUAGCCAAUAAUUAUACAAAAUCGUUGAAUAGUAUGUCUUAUCACGAUUGUUGAUAUCACACAUUUAUGAACAUUGGAAAGGAACUAUUGCCUACCUACAUAAUUGCAGAGAUCUACAAAGUGUAGGCAAUAGGCAUUCGUAGCAUGUGCGCGUUGAACGCCUAACAAACACAACCAGAGAACAGUGCUGAGAGCCUCGCAGUCUUACGAGACCGCAUCCAACCCAGCCCACAAAGCAGGGUCGACAGAACGCAAUCAAGGCAAAACACAUUUACAGUCGGUGCUAAAUGCAGCGUAAAUAGCACGCCGGUGAUUAAAAUAACGGACCGACGUGACGUAUCGAGAUUCGUGGUUAAGCGUGUCGCGUUGACUACCUAUUGCGGUGACCGCGCUGAGCGAAGUGGAAAGACGGCAAGCAGAGAGCACCGCGAGAGAAUCCGAUCCGCGAAGCCCGCCGACCGCUGAUGCGCGUAUCUAACGGGCCGCUCGCUGCCGAGUCUGAGUAAAGCUGUCACCAUAAGGCCGUUAGAGGUCCGGUCCUUGGACCGCUGACGCACCCUCAACACUGCCGGCAAGACCUUGCGGCCAAUCUCGCGUAUGAGCAUUGUGGUGUCGCGAGCUGCUCCCCCCUGCCCCGGGGUCUGGCGACGCCAUUUGCUCCCCCCUGCCCGGGGGCCUGGCGACGCCACUGGCGGCGCCGGCGCGCAGACGCGGGGUUCGAGAGCAGUCGGCCGCCGGCCCGCGCGGAGCGCGGUUGUGGUAGUAGCGAUCGGUGUUUGGCGCUCUGGGAAGUUUAACGCAAUGCGGCUUUGGUUGUGAAUAAAGAACUCACGUUAUAACAUCCUGGCGACGAGGAUCAGAUCAAGGUGAAGCCUUGGAGCUGUGAUUGCGAGUGAUGGCGAAACGGGCCAGUGAUCAGUGCGCGGUGGUCAGCGAGAGCGGACAGGCCACGGACGGUGAGGGCGCAAACGUUGCUUAGUACGAAUGCUUAGUGCUUAGUAUUGCUUAGUAUUUUUAUUUUCGCGCUGCUGCUAGUAGUGUGCCUGUCGCGCGGCGGCCGUUGUCCUGGUCCUGGCAGGGUUUUCCAUGUGAUCGCCGAAAUUCGUGGCGGCCAUGAUGCCUCGGCAGUGUGGUGUGCGUGGCGCAUGCGUCGGCGUCCUGCACGCUGAUUGGUCGGCCGGGGGUGACGCGCAGCUGUGGCAGCGCGUGUGAUUGGCCGAUCGGUGCGGCGGAGAGGGCCUCAAUGCGGUUUGAGGUGCCUGGUCCCCGAAGCGGGUAAUUUCGGCGGGAAGCUGGCGCGCGGCCGGGCGGUGCGGGACGAGUGCGCAUGCGCGCGCGGUGACGUGCGUGUGACGUCACUACCACGUGACGCCCCCGUCGAGAAAAGCGCGGGAAACCGCAGCUGCAGCGCCAAGUACAGGCGCAGGGCGGCGCGGUGAGCGGUGACCGGUCGGCGUGAGCGGUGGCCGACCGGCGUGUGCGGUGACCGACCGGCGUGUGCGGUGACCGACCGGCGUGUGCGGUGACCGGCCGGUGUGAGCGGUGACCGGCCGGUGUGAGCGGUGACGCCCGGCUGCGGGCCGACCGGUGGAGCGGCUGCGGGCCGCCGGUGGAGCGGCUGCGGGCCGACCGGUGGAGCGGCUGCGGGCCGCCGGUGGAGCGGCUGCGGGCCGACGGUGGAGCGGCCGCGGGCCGACGGUGGAGCGGCUGCGGGCCGACGGUGGAGCGGCGGCGAGCCGACCGGAGAAACGACGUGCUGGUGAGAGGGCGGCGGCACGAUGGAUCCAACGGGGAUGCA